AUGCAAAAUAGACCGUUCGAGCGCAGCAGCUCUGAGCAGAGACAGAAGAUAGCCAUUCCACGGCUCGACCAGGCCGAGCUUGUACAACUUGCCGAAAACGAAGUCGGUAUCGUCAAACCUUGCUGUACCGCUCAAGCUCAUCUGAAAACAGAGAUCAAAUGUUCCGGCGACGUACCGAGCUGCAAAAGUUGUCACGCUGCCAAGUCGACCUGUGUGUACGAACAGUCUCGGCGCGAUCGCUUGAGAGAAGCUACCGAUUUGAACCAUACACUGUCUUCGCUUCUCGAUGACCUGAGCGAUCGUGUUAGCGAUGAGGACAAGCAGAAGAUCAUCGAUGCCCUGAAAAAUGCCGAAGACGACAUGUUUUCAAAGACCACUGACGUAUCACUCACGCGGUUGGGUAAUUGGAAACAACCUGCCGUUGGAGAAGAUGAAGAAAUCACGGAAGAUGGCGAGCUACACGUCGGCGGUGCAACAGGAUCUAACGAAGGCCUCGACUAUCUGGACGAGGAUCUGACCAAGACUCGUGAAUCAAGGGACACUGGUUAUGUUGGCCAUAACUCCGAAGUUAGGUGGUUACGCAGUGCACAGCGCCAGACAGAACACACCGGACCUGAGCCCCGUGCCGCACCAUACGGUCCGCCAGGCUCGAGCCAGAAUGCUGUAAAUGCCCGUUCUGAUGCUCUCCAUACGCGCAGAGACAAUGCCAGACAGAGCUGCCGGCAGGGAUCGAUAAACCGCAUCACGGAGUCGUCAUUCUAUUUAGACGGCUCCACCAUCGACAUCGACAUUAUCGUAGACCCAUAUGAAGUCCCGGACCCUGAAAUUGGAGAGCAGUUGUUUGACUGCUAUAUGAAGACAAUCCACUCUUCCUUUCCACUAGUAUCUGCAACCUUCCAGGACCAGUUCCACAAGUAUAUGGAAUCCAUCAGACACCAAAGAGCCUUUCGAGUGCCUGAUAGAUGGCGAGCUCAUAUGAACUUACUCUUUGCAAUAGGGGCCAAGUAUUCUCAUCUCAUUGGGGCAGCGUGGAGGGGGGAUGAACGCGAUCAUCUGGUCUACAUGACUAGGGCUGUACAUCUGCUUGGCUUGAAGGAUUUCUUUAUGGCCAUUUCAGGACCUGAUCUGGAACUUGUGCAAGCGAUUGGUACAUUGUCCUUCUACUUCCUAGUCAUAGGGCAUGUAAGCAGGGCGUGGAUUAUGAUAGGCAUUUCGUUACGGCUCGCCCUUGCCCUCGGGCUGCACCUCCGGAACGAGGAUUCUGCAGUAGACGAAACUAAGAAGGAUGCACUUGUGCACUCUUGGUGGACUCUACACUCCAUCGAGUGCUUACUGAGCAGUGUCACUGGGCGACCUCCUGCAGUGGCGGCAGAAUACUGUACAGUGCCCCUGCCCCGCAGUUCACCAGGCAUAUAUCAAGAGCCCAGUGGCGCUUCGACACCAGCACCACACAGAGGCACAGAUAGUGAUAUGCCACAGGCUCCGCAAAGCGGUAGUAAUCCAGAGUUUGGCACCCGCAUCCCAAGUCUGGAAUGUUACCGCAACAGCCGCAUCAAGGUGUCGCUCAUCGCACAGAAGGCCCUACUACAUUUGUACUCGCCCCUAACCGCUUCCCAAUCAUGGAAACACAUACAAACGAAGAUUUCGAAUUCACUCAACGACCUUGAGGAAUGGAGGGCAACAGCGCUGUCGAGAAAUCUCACAGCAGCACCAUCGAACCCUGGAACAAAGUCUGAUCGCGAACAGUUUAUCCUCGAAAUCGAAUACUGGAGCACGAAGAUACUUAUCACACGUCCAUGUCUCUGCAGAUUAGAGCGGCGUAUUCGGCACCAGAGUGACGCCUCUGCGAAUUUUGAUGCAAAAGCAGCGGAAGCUUGUGUCAAUGCUGCAUCGAGAAUAUCGGAGCUAUUACCUGAUCAGCCGAACCUCGACUACAUUUACUCUAAUGGUCCCUGGUGGGUCGUUGUCCAUAUAAUCAUGCAGUCAACAGCUGUACUUCUGCUUGAGAUGGCAUACAAGACUGGAGACAUGGAGAGCGAUGCGGCUUCUGUAACACAAUCUAUUAGGAAGUUAAUUUGCUGGUUAAAAGCUAUGCAGGGCAACGAUCUUGUUGCCGCUAGAGCGUAUCAGAUCGUUUGGAGGAUCCUGAAAGCAUGUGCCCCAAUUCUUCAAGCCGAAGCCAACAAAAUCCUCGCGUUGAAUGGGGAGGACGGCUCACAGGCGAACUCUCUACAAUACUCUCAAGUCGAACAUGCCACGGCGUACUGGCAACAACCGGAUUUCUUCCGGAAUCCAAUGGUGAGCAGUGGGACCUUCGACCCUAGCGCCUUCCGUCAACAACCUUUCAAUCCGCUGUUUGAGUACCAAUACGUCACUCAUGGGCCGUCUUUUGCACACCAGGACUCGACACCGAUGCCUUUUGGCAAUCCAUUCUUCACCAAUUUCGACCAGAUCGUGCCAGUCGAUAAUAUACAGGACUUAGCCAACAAGAAGUACCACAUGAUCAAGAGAUGGAUUCACCGUUCCAGCAAUAACAAAGUUGACACCCGCGAUCACUGCAGUAGGGUCAGAUUUGGUCCCAGCUAUGAUUCUGCGGGCUCCCACGCAGUCCGUGCCAUCUAUACAAUGAUCGCAUCGAACGCUCCCACAAACAGUAUUACUUUCCAUUCAUACCGUAAUUUCACAAAAGAGAACUUUAUGUACCCAAUUCAACAUGGGUCUUUCAGACGUACACUGCGUUGUGUGCGGUGGGCCAUUUUGCAGCCCGUACGAGGAGCGAAUCAAAGGGCGUUACCUAGACGUCGGAUUCGUGGACAGAAUCCUGCUCAAGGAAAUCAGGUCCACACGAAAAUACCGUUCAUAUCUGUGGUGGCUUGA